AUGAGUGCCUUUGCCGCCUUAAACCGACUGUCAAACAAAUCCUCUGAGGCACUGCUAUACAAUGCUAAUCUUAGUGGUACCAUCACUUCCUCCAAUGUCACCUUGGGACCUAAGAAUGCCAUCUUCAUGGAUUCUGCAGUGCUAGUAGGGCUCAACAAAGACGAAUUCAUUAUGGUGGAUGGCUUCUACGACCUUUCAGUGGUUAAGGGAUGUGCAUCAGUAAACAAUUUAUUCAAGAUCUCGUCGGGAAAUGCGUAUCCCGUGGUGACCAGUAAGAAUGAGUCGCUCCCUGUAAUCUGUGGGCUAGAAAGCGAAGAAAGCACACAAACAGGUGUUCUACCAUCUUAUUCAACCGUUAUAAAGCUUUCAAACUUGGACACUGGCUUACAGAAUUUUGGGUUUAUCCUGCCAAAUCUCCAGGAUCUAUUUCACACACAGCCAAGCUCACCCUACACGUUUGAGGUGGUGGAGACACCAAGGAAUAAUGUUGUUGGGCUUCGUGUGGAUCAAAAAGCUCAUUAUGCGAUCACAGAGGUAUCAGAAAAGCUUCGCUUUCAAGAAUCGAGGGCUGCUAUCGUUGUGGGUGCUUCCUUCUGUGGAAGGCUGACCUUCGCCGAUUUGCUAGUAAAUAAUAUGCUUCUUGCGGGAGUUCAGAGGGUUGCACUUAUAGACUUAGACCCAAGUAGCCCCAAGUUUACUCCCACAGGAUGCAUCGGCUUGACAUUUCAUUCCCAAAUCUCAAUUGGUGUACAUCUUCAAACACAUGACUCCAACAACAAACUACACUUUUACGGACACGAGGACCCCGCGGUGGCGCCAUCCUACUACUUUCGUUGCACGGAGAGCUUAAAAAAGCAUUAUAUCACACAUUGGAAGUCAAUCCCUUUAAUUGUGAUUACCCCAGGUAACAUUCGUGGGUUUGGAAGAGAGACGUUGGCUCAUUUAUUCAAGGUUUUCGGUGACCUAGAGCCUUCACUUAUCUAUUUGUCACACAACAACUAUCUAAGCAUAGGCAACUUUGAACCCGAUGAGUUUGAGGUCCAGGAUAACCCAGACGAUGAAGUCCUUGCCGAUCUCACUUACAAAACUGUCUAUAAAUUGGAUUCCACGAGAAGAAAGCCCAAGUAUCUGGGCAUUCUCGCAUCUGAAAUCGCCUUACUUCAGUAUUUUCACAGGAUCUCUCGCCAUCAUUGGGACUUCAGUUCAUUUCUUUUGGAGCUGGCACCUCUGAUUCUCAGCUUCACACCAGGCAACGAAUUCUCUGUUCCACUAAUUACCUCUCUUCAUGAGCCAGUCAAAUGUUUGAAUGAAAGUGAGAUGCAAACGUUUAUCGAGGCCUCUGUUGUGGCCCUUUGUGCAAUUAAUGUUCCCAAAGUUCACUCCAGUCUUCUCCUCAAUUCAUUAACACAACUGAAUUGCUGCAUCUCGACUGCACUUUCAUUUGUCUUUGCAUUGUUCACUCAAUAA